GCCGGCGUGCUGAUCCUCCCACCCCGUACUCUGUCACUCAGCUUCCCCCCUCCUCCUCUGCCCGGUCUGUGUGCUCUCGGGUCGGCCCGCAGACAGUGCACAGCUCCCGAGCAGCCUCAGCUGGAGCACCGGGGAACGGGGGCAGGGAGGUGACAACAUGAACAGCACCGACAACCUGGGACACAGCACCGACUACCUGAUCUGCAGCAACUGCCACAAAGUGCUGAGGAAGGAUAAGAAAAUACUAAUCUCUCAACCAUCAAGAGGACCAAGUGCCUUUAUACCUGAAAAAGAGUUUGGCCAAAGCAACGAUGUGGUUACACUCAUUAACCGACUGGUGGAGGAAUACAGCACGUCCGGCCGCCUGGACAACAUCACGCGAGUCAUGAGUCUGCACCCGCAAUACCUGGAGUCCUUCCUCCGCACGCAAUUUUAUAUGCUUCGUAUGGAUGGACCCUUGCCUUACCAUUACAGACACUACAUCGCUAUCAUGGCUGCGGCGCGGCACCAGUGUGUGUACUUGAUAAACAUGCACGUGGAUGAGUUUCUGAACACCGGCGGAUCCUCAGAGUGGCUGAACGGGUUGGAGUACGUGCCCCAGAGGCUAAAAAAUCUAAAUGAAAUCAACAAGCUGCUUGCACACAGGCCCUGGUUAAUAACGAAAGAGCACAUACAGAAACUGGUGAAGACCGGAGAGAACAACUGGUCGCUGGCUGAGCUGGUGCAUGCCGUGGUACUGCUGGCUCACUACCACGCAUUGGCAAGUUUUGUGUUUGGCAGCGGCAUAAAUCCCGAAAGAGACCCCGAGCCUUCCAACGGGCACCACCUAGUGGAGAAAAACAAGUUUUGCGUUUGCGAUCUUGCGAAUGACAACAGCAUAGAGAACACGGGCCUCAUGAGUAACGGCACAGAGAACUCAGACUAUGAAAGUGAAUUAGAAGCUUUGAUAGAAAGAAUGAAGAAGCUCCAAGAGGAACGAGAGGAAGAGGAGGCAUCGCAGGAAGAGAUGGCCACGCGUUUUGAGAAAGAAAAGAAGGAAAGUCUUCUUGUGGUCUCUGCAGCGUUCGAUGACGACGUGGUUUCGAUGUCAAAUACUUCCCGUUAUAUAGAAGAUCCCGGUUUUGGAUAUAAAGAUUUUGCAAGGCGGGGAGAGGAACAUCUGCCUACAUUCCGAGCACACGAUUACUCUUGGGAAGAUCAUGGUUUCUCGCUGGUCAACCGGCUUUACUCCGACAUAGGCCACCUUCUAGAUGACAAGUUUCGAAUGGUUUAUAAUCUCACCUACAACACCAUGGCCAUGCAUGAAGAUGUAGACACCACCAUGCUGAGAAGAGCCUUGUUUAAUUACGUUCACUGUAUGUUUGGAAUCAGGUACGAUGAUUAUGACUAUGGGGAAGUUAAUCAGUUACUUGAGAGGAGCCUUAAGGUUUACAUUAAAACUGUGACCUGUUACCCUGAACGAGCCACCAGGCGCAUGUAUGACGGUUAUUGGCGGCAGUUCAAGCACUCUGAAAAGGUCCAUGUCAACUUGCUCUUGAUGGAGGCCCGUAUGCAGGCGGAACUUCUCUAUGCCCUGCGGGCUAUAACCCGCCAUUUGACCUGAGGUCCCGCAUGCAGUCCUGUACAUGCAAAACAUCUUCACUUUUCAGUUCAAUAACAGCGACCGCCUGUCAUGUAGCAUCAAACAUAUAUAUGCAUUUCUAACGUCAA